AUGUCAUCCCUCAAAAUCCUCGCCAAUUACGGCGUAACCGCAUUCCUUCUCAGCACCGGCCUCCUCAUGCUUCUAAGUCCCACCACCAUGGCCGCACUCUUCGGCAUGCCCGUCGAAGACGAUACAUUCGCAGCGGGCUUCGUGCAGUGCAUGGGCGGGCGCAAUCUGACGUUUGGAAUCAUUGCGGGGAUUUUCUUGCAGCGCCGAGAUCUGAGGGCUGUCGCGACAAUGGCGAGUAUGCUGGCGCUUGAUGGUGUGGUGGAUGGGUUGGUGACGUUCAAAUAUGGCAGCGACGGCAAGGCGGAAACUAUUCUUGUAUGA